UUCGGUAAACCGUUUUGCAGUUCAGUUGGAUUUUUGUUGUUUGUAUUGGAAAAUCGUUAAAAGAAGUCCCUGAAUUAUAACAGUAUAAUUCAUUUAAAAAAAGUGACUUUUUCUGCUGUGGUUUAUGCUUUAAUGUUUUUAAGUGAAAUUUAUAAGUGAGGCAGUUAAUUGAAAUGGAUGCUUUUACUGAGAAUAUACUAGCAAGGGCCAGAGAGCGUCAAAGACUGCUACAGGGCCUCCCAGUUGAAGAAAAACUCCCACUUAAAGAAAGCAAUAGAAUAGCUGUUUCAGAGCCGAAUCUAAAAGAUUUAGAGAAGAUACCUCAAAAAGAAGUCAAGUCUGAGACAGACUUAAGGUGCAAAGAAUCUUCUACGGUGGAAUCUGUUCCUUUAGGCCACUUUACUCGACAAAAUUCAAUAACCAGAGUCUUAUCUGAUGUUCAAGGAUCGCCAGGUCAGCAAACGAAAUUCCUAAAUAUCCAAAGGGAUAACUUUAACAUGGAAAUUAAAGUAAACAGUGCAGAUAAUGUGAGGUUACAAGUGGAAAUUGAGGAGCGGAGUGAUGAGAGUAAUGACGCGAGCGAAGAGCAAACUGGACUGAGGGAAGAGUCAAAAAAUAGACUAAAAAGACUAGGAAAAUUGUAUGCAGGCGGUGAGGAUGCCGACAUUUCAUCUCCAAUUCAUCGCACAGAGGCAAAAUUUUAUCAAAGCAUCCAAGAAGAUAAGAAUAAAGAGAAUCGCGAAGUAAACGCUAAAGGAAAAAAAGGCCUUAGUAAACUGGCCGACCUUGCUGAUACUAUUAACCAAUGGGAGGAUGAACUUAGCCAUCCAUCACGACCAACAGAAAAGAAGGCUCCCGCCUCCCCAAAAAAGACCUGGAAACCUCCAGCACCCCAACCUCCUACGGCAUCGCCUCAAAAAGGCACCCCUUCAAAGCCUCUAAAGCAAAAGGCUCCAUCACCACCUGCGAUAAAUUCCGUUAGCCCUAAAAAGGCUUUGUUUCAACGCCAAGGCACUUUUACUAAAGAAGAAAGUGUUACCUCUAGCCCUAAAAAGAUAGCGCCUGAGGUAGUUAGUGUUUACGAAAAGAGUUCAAGCCCGGUAAAAGAGUCCGUUAGUCCUACAAAGGAGAUAGCUGCUAAUCAGAUUGCAACAAAAGAAUUGAAAUCAUCUGGAGCAGGACCCAAGCACAUUAGCUGGGAUAGGAGUGUGUUGGACACAUUGGAAUCACAAGGUUUCCAACGAACCCAGUCAUCUUCCCGCUUAGUAUACGCCUACAAUUCACAAGAGAACGCCGCUAAACCGCCCGAAGUCUCCUCUAUUUCGGAAGAACCGCAAGAAAAACCGGAGUCUCCCAAAACAACCGUUAAGACUCCGGAUUCUCCUUCGAAAAACUUCAGGUCAGGCGCUAUAGCGAAUCGCGCGGCCAUGUUCGAAAGCAAAACAGUUCAGAGUCCCGUAAAACCCGGCAAAGAUCCCGCCAUGUUGAGCUUGGCGGAGCGCAAAGCUUUAUUCGAAAAAAAUAAGGGAGACGCUUUAGUUCCUAAGGCCGCAUUUGGUAUGUCCGCGCCGGUUAAAGUGGACACCACAAUGAAAGCUUGCGAAAGCAAAUUUAUUGGGGCGUCAAAGAACAACGUUCAAUCCAGUAAAAGUACUUUUGAACUCCAAGGAGCGACAAAAACGCAGGAUCCUGUUGUGCCAAGUGCCAGUCAAACGCCCAACUUGCAACAAAAACCUGUAGCCCCUCGUACGCCGUUGCCUGAAUUGAAGAUAAUUCCUCCCCCGUCGCCUAAAGUCACCCCCAAAUCCCAAAUGCCCGCCGUUGCCGUUGUACAUCAGGGUAGUGGUAUUGCGAGCAAGAUGGCUGCCUUGCUGGAAAAUAAAAAUAAAUCGACGAUAUCUGAGGAGCAAAUUGCGAAUAAGAUGAAGGAGGAGCGUCAAAAGGAACUGGAUAUGUUGCUGAACAGGUUUAAUAAAAACAAAGAGGCCACAAAUAAAGAAGAUGAAAUUCAAGAAAUUCAUUCAGACAACGAUGUCUCUUCGGAAUCGGAGGCAGAAGAAAACUGCGACGAAAAGACUGCUAUGAUUAAAGGAACAUCCGCGGUUGUCGUCCAGAAUCAACGAAAAUCUGCAGAGAAACGAAAAAGCGGAGGAAGUCGUUUGUCCAGCGAAGCCGAUAGCCCGCAAGUAGUCUCUUUACUCGAAGACGUAAAGCGAAUUAAAGUAAUCGGCCCUAAGGCGGGCAGAUUGUAUCCGAAUUUGUCGGAUAUCGAGGCCACCACAACCGAUCAGGAAACCAGGAGUCCGACGCCGAACGAAGAAAACAGCUAUGGGACGAACCAGUAUGAUUCCGAUGACGCUGAGACCAGCUUUGGUAGGGACAUAAUGCAGGCAGUGUGCAAAAAUAUCACACCGACAAGGAAGGUUGAUAACUAUCGAGAAAGUUCGAGCAGCGAAAACUCCAGUUUAAUGAACGAUCUUGAUGAAAUCUUAGAAGAAAUGGACGAGGAAAGUAGCACAGGACCCACCCCACCAAAACAUGGUAGACACGUCUCACCAAAGCACGUAAGACCGCAACAGUCAAAUUCUUUUCAUUAUAAAUCGUUUACGUCUUCCUCGAGUAGCGGCUCUAACUCUUCUCCUUCGUCACAUAAAUCGCCCAAAUUUAAGUCUCCGAAUAAAGUGGUCAUAUCUCCGAGACAAUCUAUGGAUUUACCUUUAGUGGUAGAGGGGGAUAAUGUCAUGACAUUGACGCAUAGCGUUAGCUUUUACAGAAAACAACAAAAUGAGGUCCAAACCCCCGUAAAGAAAAUCGUGCGGCAGCCCGCCAUAGAAGAAGUUUCGGAGAAUGAUCAUCCACAGGAUGCUGAAGUACAAGAAAAAAUUGAAAAAUUGAAGGAAGAGGUAAAUAGGCAGCAAAACAUAAUUGCCCAAACCAGUCAGGCAUUGAAUUUGUGUAGCAGCACCCCAGAAUUUUCUGGAUCUACUGAGCAGGUGGAGGCCGAAAGAGUACUUCUUGUAGCAACAAACAGGAGACAGGCCGCUUUACAUGAGAUACAAAGAAUGAAAGUGGAAGGUACACUGCGGCCACGAACUGUACAUUCUCAACAUCUGCCAAUCGAAAAGGGAACAUUAACGAUUUCUAACAUAGUUCUGCCCAUGAAGCAAAAAUAUGUUACAGCACUGGCUGCAGCUGGAGGUAAGGGCCACCACGUGGUAUGCCUAAUUAAAUGCGGAGAGCAAGUAGUGCCGACAAAGUUAGUAUCGACGGUAGCUAGCAACAGCAAAAAUCCAGAUGUGGACUUAUACGUUCCGGGAACCGUUGUUUUAAACAACAUUUACAGCGAUUUUACCGUUACGUUUGAGGUGUACUGUCUGCAGGCUCAAGAAGAAUGUUUACCACAUGAGGUCAAAUAUCACAUCAAUAAGAAGGGUUCUAAAGGGACCACCCCUAAAAAGAAUAAACAGGAAUCCAGAUUGGUUCGUCCGCCAAAAGAAUCACCCGGAGGUCCCCAAGCUGUUAGAUCUUCCUCGUUUGCUUUAAUGGGUUAUGUUGUAUUUUCAGUGCAGGCUGUUAGCAAGAAAGUGUGGAGUUUAAAUAAUACUCCACCAAUGAGCCCCUUAGAAGGCAGCGUUGAAAUGAAAAUCCAUUGUGAACUCGCAGUAACGGUGGAGCACAGGGCGUUUUUAACGAUGUUCGAGGACAUAUCGGGAUUUGGUGCCUGGCAUAGAAGAUGGUGUUUAUUGAAAGGUCAUACGCUUAGUUAUUGGAAAUAUCCGGAGGACGAAAAGAAAAUGGCGCCAAUUGACACAAUAGACCUUCAUAGUUGUGUAACCAAAACGGUUGGACCUGUUAGUAGAGAAAUUUGCGCCAGACUACACACUUUCUUAUUAGAAAGGGAAAGACCCGUUUAUCCUCAAGAUAAAGACAGUUUGGUGGUGUUAAGGAGAGGAGAUAAAACAGUUAUAAGGCACCUGUUAUCAGCAGAUACAAAAGAGGAAAGAAUUGAGUGGUGUCAAAAAAUAAACGCGGCGCUAACAGCAAUCAGGAUGUGGGGCAACCCACCACAUUAGGAUCUUGUAAUCCGUUUUAUAACUUAAUAAUAAUGUUUGUAACUUUUUUUUUGUUAAAUUUAAAUUAGCUAAACGUUGACCAAAGAAAUUUAAAAAAAAUGCAGUUUACUAUUUUUUAUACGGAUUAUUUCAUUAGGCUCUAUAAUAAAUUAUACCAUAGUA